AUGAAGUACUCCGUCGCCCUCACUCUCACCACCAUGGUGCUCGGCAUCGCCGCCGCUCCCGCCGCCCAGGCCGCUCCCAAGGAGCACAACCUUGCCCGCGCCGAGUCCGGCUACUUCGACCUCAUUCACAAGCUCGCUCGCGCUGAGAAGGCCAGCCCCUCCAAGACCAAGUCCGCGAAGAAGCCCAAGAAGACCCACGCCACCAAGACCCGUUCCCCCGGCUCCAUCAUCACCUCCGCCCCCGGCAACGGCACCGCUUCCUUCGCCAUCGCCGCUGCCAGCAACGGCACCUCCGGAGGUGACAUCCCCGCCGCCUCCGGUACCUCCGUCCUCAAGGCCGCCCAGACCAUCGCCGCCGGCGAGUCUUUCGACGGUGGCAUGAAGAUGUUCGACCGCGGUGUCUCCUGCACUGGCCAGGCUGAGGGCGGUGACUCCGACUCCGUCUUCAUCCUCGAGAAGGGCGCCUCCCUCUCCAACGUCAUCAUCGGCCCUAACCAGAUUGAGGGUGUCCACUGCAACGGUGGCUGCACUCUCACCAACGUCUGGUGGUCUGCUGUCUGCGAGGAUGCCUUCACCAUCAAGAAGCAGGAUGCCGGCGAGACCACCAAGAUCACCGGCGGUGGUGCCACCGGUGCUUCCGACAAGGUCCUCCAGCACAACGGUGCCGGUACCCUCUCCGUCUCUGGCUUCACUGUUUCCGACUUCGGCAAGCUCUACCGCAGCUGCGGCAACUGCAAGACCAUGUACGAGCGCCACGUUAUCUUCGACGACAUCAACGCCUCCUCUGGAAAGCUCCUUGCUGGUAUCAACUCCAACUACGGUGACACUGCUACCUUCACCAACGUUGUUGCCAAGAGCGUCAGCGAGGUCUGCACCGAGUUCAAGGGCAACGACUCCGGUGAUGAGCCCACCGAGAUCUCCAGCGGCCCGUCGACCGCCUGCAAGUACUCUACCUCCGACGUCACCAGCUCUUAA